AUGGAAAAGGAGGUGGUGUGGCAAGAUUUGUUAAGAGCUAGAUAUGGCAACAUUAGACUUAAAGUAUUGAUUGGAGACGUCUCAAUUUUGUCAAAGAAGGAGUCGCAUUGGUGGAGAGAUUUAAUAGUUUCGGAUAACUAUGAGAAGCUUCUUUUCGAUCACUUUACGAGUGCUAUUAAAUGUAAUGUUGGGAAUGGAUUCUCUACUCCGUUGUGGUUUGCCUCUUGGGCGGGUCAAAAAUCUAUUAUGGAAUUAUUUCCUAAUUUAUUCUCUCUAGCUGGAAAUUUUCUGGACUCUAUUAAUCUUGCAGGGGCGUUUGUUGAAGGAGUUUGGAAUUGGAACUUGGCUAGUUGGUUUGAAGAAGGGAGUAUAGCGGCUGAGUUGGCUGCGGAUCUACUUCAGAAUGCCUCGUACAGUUGUGUGGCAGCGCUGGAAGCCACCGAAGCAGGCCUUGCUGCCGCCGACAGUGGUGCUGGGACUGCAUCUGUCCCGACUCAGCAGCUGGCAGCUGAGUUGCAGUCUUUACUGGCAGCUCUUAAUACUGUUCGGAUCAAGGAAAAUGUUGAGGACAGCUUCUCAUGGGCGAAGGAUUCUAGUGGGAGCUUCACCGUUAAAUCGUGCUAUGAGUUUUUUAAGAAGUUUCUUUCCGGUCCACCCCUGGAAAGUGAUAAGGUUAAGGCCUUAAACUUUCUAUGGAAAUUCAAAGUUCCUCCAAAGAUACUUUGUUUUGCUUGGAGGUUUUUAUUAAAUAGAUUGGCCACUAGAGAUCAAUUGGUGAGAAGAGGUGUGUUGGAGGAAGGAAUUGAUUCUAGGUGUGCCUUAUGCGGCUCCGGUGAGGAAUCUUUAUCUCAUCUUUUCUUUUUGUGUAACGUUUCCGUUCACAUUUGGAGAAGGGUGUUUAUGUGGCUUGAUUUAUCCGGACUUUUGUCCUUUGAAGAGUUUGGGGAUUUCUUCUAUAAUUUCCGGAAAAUUCCUUGCCUUAAUAAGUGUAUGAUUGUGGGUACCGUUUGGCUUGCUACGGUGUGGUCGAUUUGGCUAAAGCGUAAUGCGGUGAUCUUUGAGAAGGAAGCUUUUAGCUUUACCGAAUGUAUGUCGGAUAUAGUUUUAAGCUCUUGGAGGUGGUUAUGUGCUUUCCAUAAGAGAGUUAAUCUUUGUAAUUUUUAUCUUUGGAAUACUCUACCUCUUCUUUGUUUUGAAAGGUAG